AUGGGGGUCGGCGAUUAUGUCCACUCCAAAGAAGGUGGGCAGCUUCGCGGAGCCCCCGAUCAAUCCCUCCAGUCGCGCCAGCAACGUGCAGAACAAGCCAGAGUCGAGGUGCCGGUCACCCAGCUAGUCGACUCAGGCCUUUCAAACAUUAAUGGUAGAGGUGGCUCGCUAGAACUUCCUGGUGCAUCUCAGUUUCCCAAUCAGCCCCACAAUCUUCCUACAAAUGGAAUGCAGCGGGAUAGGGAUGUGUUUGACACAGAUGUGGAGGCCAUCGAUGAUUCAACUGUGGCGGGGACUAGCGUCUACGGAUUUGAUGAUAACAAAUCUCAAGCAGCGUCAAGUACCAAUGCUGCUUACACCAACCCUCUACCAUCGACGUACCAGCCCCGGCCUUCACGACAUACGUACAGUUCUAAGUGGUAUGAUGGUCUAGGUGAUCAAGCCAUGAAGAAAGCUGGGUUUGAUUCAGAUGACUUCGAUGACUUCGGAAGCCAAAUGACCUCGUCUCUUGGUGGAGAUGGCGGUAAUAACGAAAAGCUCGAAGCACACGACUGGCAUGUGUCAAGCAAACCACGUACGACCGAGGAGCCAUUGAGCAAGCGCCUGGAAAAUUUUUGGUCCGCCAGUAGAAAGAGAACUACUUCGCGGCAGCCUGUUACCGUAGACUCUGACCCCGAGCCUCAAACUCAACCACAACCCAAGUCCAAGCCGCGGAAAUUAGGCCAAAUGCUUCCUCCUACUGGACCCAGGAAGAUUGUUCUCCCUCCUAACUCUUCGGCAACACCCAGGACACGUUUCAGUCCGCCAAAGCCUUCACUUCUUGAACAACUUGACCAACAACUUGAUGCAUCCCCCACUCGCCAUAUCUCUCAACCUCCACCAGAUUUUGGCCAGUCGCUCAGCAUCACAUCGUUUCAAGAUCAUACUGACAGCGAUGGUGGAAGCGACGAUGGCAUGGACCGUACUAUACGCGCGGAUGGACGACGGGAAAGCGGCGGCCAUUCGACCAAUGCUUUUGACAUGACCAGCCUGACCGACCUAGACGUCGACCAUACGAUGCAAGAUCCUUUUUUCGUGCACGAAUCGCACGAAUCGCAGGAGUCACAGGAGUCGCAAGAGCCGUCACAUCGUAGUCGUCGCAAUACUGUCAUCCAUUCCAAAAAGCGAUCACUGGAGGCAGACUAUCCUCCAGAAGUGCUUUACCAAAAGUCUUUCUCCGAGCUCCAAGCUGAGCCCUUUGACAAAUCCCCCACCCCUCCUCCACCUGUUGUCAAAUCACCUUCCUUGCCACCAAAUCCACCGAUUGUCCCAGACACCCAAGAGCCUGGGAGUGUCGUCUCCCAUCUGUUAACUCUGACGGAUCAAGAACGCCAGUCUUGUUUGUCACACAUGACCAUGGAUGAGUGGGAAGACUGCGGUGAUGAAAUGAUCGACCGUUUCACCCAUCUUCUUUCAGAAAUGAAGAACUUACGACGUGCCCGCCGCCGCACAGCUGCUGUGUUUGAAGGCGAAGUCAAGCGCCGUCAUGACGAAGUUGAAACAGACAAUUUGGAUUUGACGAAUAAAUUGACCGAGAUGAGAACUGGCGGUGCAGAGGUUCUGCGUGGACGCUACUCAUGA